AUGGAAUUGUUUAACUUGACUGGAGAAAACGCGGGGUCUGAAACCAUCUAUCUAUCUAUCUAUCUAUCUAUCUAUCUAUCUCCAAUAUCUUAUCUUCUUCAAAUCUAUCUAUCUAUCUAUCUAUCUAUCUAUCUAUCUAUCUAUCUAUCUAUCUAUCUAUCUAUCUAUCUGUUGUGGAUUCCAUUAUCUAUCUAUCUAUCUAUCUAUCUAUCUAUCUAUCUAUCUAUCUAUCUAUUUAGUUCCGCUACUGCUGCUACAGAUCAUCAUCUUCAUCAUGAUCAUCAUCAUCUACAGCUACUGUAUUUCGUGUUUCUUUCUGUUUACGUUCGGAAUUUAUUGGCGUCGGCCAAUACGUCUUCUCGGUCACACAAAGAGUCGUUUCUGGUCGCCUCUUUUCAUUCUUCUUUCUUCAUCUUGAUUUACUUUCUUUCCCAUCUCUUUUUAUUCCUCUUUUUCUUUAAAAUUAUUGGCCCUUCACAUUUUUAUAUUCUUUCUUCUUUCUUCUUUGUCAACAUUUUAACACUUCGUCGUUUUACUUCUUUUUCUACUUCUUUUGAUUUCAUCUUUCUGACUGUUUUUCUUCUUCUUCUUCUUCUUCUUCAUUUCUUUCUUAUUUAUUUUUUACUGAUUUUUUUCCUUCUGUAUUCUUCUUCUUUGUUUCUUCUAAUUUCUCCUUCAAUUUACUAUUUUCUUCUUUCUUGUUCCUCUUUGUUUAUUGAUUUUUUUUCUGUCUGGUACUUCUUCUUUUCUUCUUUUUCCUUUGAUUUUCUGUUUACUUCUUUCUGGUACUUUUUCUUUCUCAUUCUUUUUUUUUUACUGAUUUCUUCUGUAUGCUUCUUCUUCUUCCUCCUCCUUUGUUCUACUGAUCUUUUCUGUCUGCUGCUACUUCUUCUCUUUAUUCCUCCUCUUCUUCCUCUUCUUUGA